CAGCUGCCUGAAGAAAAACACUGUCACAAGCAGCAGCGGCUUGUGCCCUUCAAUGGUGGACUCUUCAUUUGCUCUCUUUCAGCGUGUCAGUCGGCUUUAAAUGCUGGUUUUAGGUUGAAACCCGUCCGCAGCCUCUCUCGGGUGUUUUUAAACCACGGUAAUGGAGUGUCGGGUCUUGUCUAUCCAGAGUCAUGUUGUCAGGGGUUACGUAGGGAACAAGUCGGCAACGUUUCCGUUACAGGUGCUGGGCUUUGAAGUGGACUCCAUCAACUCUGUGCAGUUUUCCAAUCACACAGGCUAUGCCCACUGGAAGGGACAGGUGCUGACCGCGGAGGAGCUGAAUGUGCUGUACGAAGGAAUCAAGCUUAAUAAAGUGACCCAGUACGAUUAUAUUCUCACAGGGUACAGCAGAGACACAUCCUUCCUGGAGGCAGUGGUUGACAUCAUCCAGGAGCUAAAGAAGGGAAACCCCAGCCUGGUGUAUGUUUGUGAUCCUGUUAUGGGAGACCAUGGUGCUAUGUACGUUCCAGAGAACCUGCUGCCUGUCUAUAAGAACAAAGUAGUGCCUUUGUCGGAUAUUCUCACUCCGAACCAGUUUGAAGCGGAAUUGUUAACUGGGAGGAAAAUAAGCACAGAAGACGAUGCUGUGAAGGUGAUGGACUUGCUUCAUGAAAUGGGUCCAGACACGGUUGUCCUCACCAGCACCGAUCUGCCCUCUAAACAGGGAGACCAGUUCCUGGUGGCACUGGGGAGCCAAAAAAUAAGGAAACCCGACGGGACCAGCACCAACCAAAGGAUCUGCCUGGACAUCCCUAAAGUCGACGCCGUGUUUGUGGGGACCGGUGACCUGUUUGCUGCCAUGCUGCUCGCCUGGACUCACCUUCACCCCAACGACCUGAAGACUGCCUGUGAAAAAACUGUUUCAGUGAUGCACCAUGUCAUCAAGAGGACCAUCACUUACGCCGUUGAGACAGCUGGUCUUGGGAAAAAGCCCAGCCCGGCCCAGCUGGAGCUGCGGAUGGUCCAGAGCAAAGCGGACAUCGAGAACCCUUCCAUUGUCGUAGAAGCGAACGUCUUAGACAAGUCUCCGGACCAAAAGCAGUAGACCACCUGUGAAGAAUUUCACCGAGCGUCGGUACGAUUCCAGUCGCUCAGCCAGAUGCGAGUCGGACUCGCUCAUCUCUGACAGCAUUCGUGUUUCUGCCUUACAAAACCUGAGAGUUCAGCAGGAUGUGUGGUGUGUAAACACUCUGGUUUCACUGCCGUGUGUUCGCUGUUACAGUCCAUGUAGAUGCCCUUCACUUCUAACAAAUAACAGAGUAUUUGUGUUAAAAAAAUGUCUUAGAAUAGUAAAAGUGAGUCCUUUCUGUAACACAACUCAUUCCAGUUCUUAAAAGAAAGCCAGUGUUUGCAUGAAAAUGCAUUUUGUCUGUCUGGACUCAACAGCACUAGUCACAAAUACAUAGAAGCACAACAGCCUCCUGUUUGUAACGACAUCCAAUAAACUAUCACAUCAUGAACUUAGAAAGCUGCUCAAAUUUGCAUUACAAAAAUGUUGAACAUCUUAUGCAUCUAACUCAAACAUGGUCUAAUUUUACUAACACUGUUAAUUCCACUUUGUUUUAUUUUAAACUAAAUGUAACUUUAACGAUGAUCAUGUUAAUAAUUAAUAAAAACGACGGUUGUUUUUAAUCUUUUUUAAUUAUGCAAUGCUUUCUUGAACUAGCAGGUGUGUUAGAUUCAUGUCCUAUCUCAAAUUGAGGUGUUUGCACAACUAAUCUUUAAGAUACUCACAAGUGAUCGCUGUUUUUGUUUCUGACUCUGUUGUCACGUCUGGUAAAGAGUCGGUACGAGAGACCACACUGUAUAGCCUUAACAGGGUUAGAGACGAGAAAUUAUAAUGGUCACGAUGAAUGUUUUAGCAGAACCUUACGCGUAAUGUUAAGAGAGUCAAGUGCCAAACCUUUAAUUGUUGCUCAUUUGUAGAGCAAUUUAAUGAACAGAGACAAUAAAUGAUUAAUCUUUUACUGAAAA